AUUUCCAUUUUGUCAUUUUAUGUUCCUUAGUCCACGUUUACCAUUCUGCUGAUUUCCUAUUUUCUUCCUUGGUUUCACAGCCUUGGCACAUUGCUCGCUCGGUCCCUCUGACCUGUCGAGGUCACCGGCCGACCGUAGCCUGGGGCAGGGCCCAGGAAUGUAGCUGCGCCGUCGCGACCGCAGGGUCAGAAAAGUAGUAACUGGAAACUGUGAUAUUUGACUCGUUAAUGUGUAUGUUAUGCCCAAUAAUGUGCUCAGGAUUGUAAAAUGUAUUGUUUGAUGCGAGUAGGGAUCUCCUGGACAUUUAAGUUGCGAAUAUGAUAGCUGACGCGGAUGAACAUUUCUGAAUAUGGGCGGUGCCCGGCGCCCCGGCGCUGGUCGGGGGCGCGGCGCGGGUCAGUUGAGCCCCGUUGAGGCUGGUGGUAUGUGGUGGUGUCUGCGCCAGAGCCGGUGAGUCGCACAGGAAAAAUGACUGUUAACUCGUAUUAUUUAUGGAAUAUGUAACCGUAAUUAGGGCGAAUAUUUACUGUGUAUGAAACCAAUAUUGAAUGUUAUAUGAAUUGCCUGCAGAUAUUUAUUACCGGUCAUUUAUAUGUGGAUAAAUAAGGUGAAGGCUGACACUCGUCUCGGAUUUAUAGCCAUUUACCAAGACCGUGAGGCUGGUCGUCUAAUGUGCCUCUGGAGACGUGUGCCUCUGGUUUCGUUAGCCGAUAAGCGACUCAGGGAGCACAUUUGUCGGUACGUAACUAAAUGUCGCGGUCGCACAAUCAUGUAAUCAAGUGCUUUCGAUAUAAUUAUACUGUUUCGUAUAUGCAUAUUCAAGUGCAUGAAUGGACGCGUAGCAAUGUACCUGGUUGCCUUUAUCAAGUUAUUUAUUUAUGCGUGUGUUAUGUUCCCCCUCGCCUGUCCCUUUUAUUUCCGUCACGUUUGUUUGCGCUCGUUUAUGUUUAUUUGUGCAAUGCUUAACUUAGGGCCGUUGUUUUACAGCAACGAUUGCGUGCGGAGGGCCACACGGUCCAAUACACCGAUCCGUGACGACAUCCGAGUUUCGAACUGAGUCUGGUCGGCGGCUACAGUUGCGACAACUGCGACAACGCUUCGCGAGACGACGGAGUGACGUCACCUCGUCGUGGAGGACGGCACGCUACAGGAGCAGGAGCACCACACUCGUCCGUACUGGUAUGGUGAGCGCCUUCGCGCUAUCACGCCUGUGGUGACUCCGCUCCAGGCCAUUUGCCGCGUGAUCUAAGUGACGUCAUAACGUCGGACAGUUGCGUCAUAGACUUGGUGACGUCAUGCUGGGUGGUUGGUGACGUCAUACUGGAUGGUUGACGUCAUAGUGAGGGGUGACGUAAUGCCGUACUAUUGUGACGUCAUGACGGGGGUGACGUCAUACUGAGCUUUUGACGUCAUAUAGCGAUUGUGGCGUCAUACUUAACGGAGUUCGCGUUUUGUUGGGUGUUCCGUCGGCUGUUAACGUGUUGCCGAAGGUUAUUGAUCGUGAAUGAACUGCACUCGGUGUUAUAUUAAGCAAACUCUAAGUUUUCACGUGAUCCUGGAUAAUUUUCCUAUUGAUUUACCUCACCUGUCUGGAGACUCACCUCGGUUUCACGCGUCAUCGAUAGGCGGUUUGUCCUCCGGGCAGCUCGCUGAUUGUCGUAGCUGGCUCGGUCGCCUUGCGUGAUUGGUUGAUCAACUGCUAACUAAGUCUUGUACUUCAAUUGGUCACACUUCUGUUAAUCAGCUAGAUGAUAGUUGGGAGCCGCUUUGAUUAGUUGUCAUCAAUCAUGAAUCCUCUAGAAGAGCUGAAAGUGUCGGAGUUGAAGGCGGAGUUGAAGGGAAGAGGUGCAGACACUAAGGGUUCGAAGCCGGCGCUGAUGCUGCGAUUAAAUGAGGUUUUGGUUCAAGAAGGAAUCGACGUUGCAUCAUUCGUUGCAGCUCGACGGGACGUUUCCGCCGAACCGAGAGCUGAUGCCGCAGCCGCUGAGGUGGCUGUUCCUGAUUUGGACAACACGGUCCCGGCUCCUGGACCCCUCGUCAGAGCCACAUCACAGAUGUCCUUGCGUAGUUCUGCCUCGCAAGUCUCCAUCUCUUCGUUGCGAGCAGCGGAGUCGGCGACGAAGGCGGGACUGAUGGCUCGAGCUGCCUUUCUGAAAAGGAAGCAGAAGAUGGAGAAGGAAGAACUGGAGAUGAAGAUGCGCAAGCAGAAGAUAGAGAAUGAAGAACUGGAGAUGAAGAUGCGCAUGGAGAAUCUGCAGUUGGAGAGUGAGCUGGCAGAGGUGGAAGCCAGAGAACGUGCACUGAUGGAAGCCGAAGAGCAAGGUUCUCAAACAAGACCAGGCGUGGCUUCGUUGCGAGCUGUCUGUCCAGCUGAGCCGAACGAGAGGACUGGACAUGCAGAAGACGUUGUCGGCAGCGAGCAACCACUGGUCACUGUUCAGUCAGACGCUGGGGCUUCAGAGGCGCGUGCUGAUCAGAUGAACGUCAGGAAGAAUCCACCUCAACCUGACCUUAACGCUUCACAGCCCGAUGCUACACAGGUCAUCCUGUCCCAGAUCCAGCAAAGUCGUCUCCCGAGACCAGAGUUGCCAGUUUUCAAGGGUGAUGUAACACAAUACAGAUCCUUCAUCCGUGCCUUCGAUAGCAGGAUCGGGAGCAAGACCGACAGUGAUUCGGAGCGGCUGUUCUACUUGGAGCAAUACUGCGCUGGAAAACCACGGGACAUCAUCAGAGGAUGUCUUCACAUGACCGAAGAUGUUGGAUAUCUGGAGGCUCGGCGACUGCUGGAACGAAGAUAUGGCGACCCAGAAACAGUCUCGUCGGCAUUCGUUGACAUGUUGAUGGACUGGCCUCAGCUGAAGCCAGGAGAUGUUGAAGGACUUGAUCGUUUCUCACUGGCGCUCACCUCGUGUUUGAAUGUAAUGCAGAGCAUUCCUCUUGGAGCCAGGGAGACUGACCAUCCCCGGACGAUGCGGAAAGUUGUAGAGAAGCUCCCCAGCCAUCUGCAGGACUCCUGGCGGCGACGAGCUCACAAGAUCCAAGAGUCUGAGAAGAGGAGGGUGAAGUUUCAAGACGUCGUCACCUUCGUCGACAGCGAGGUGCAAAUCCAGACCAAUCCUACGUUUGGCAGGCACCGAGAAGAACGAGUCAGAAGACAGACACACACAGUCUCAGCUACAGCAGUUGCAGGAGCGGUACAGUCCUCGAAGAGUUGUCUGUACUGUCAUGGUAGUCACUUCACUGAUCUGUGUGCUGAGUUGGUCAAGCUGCAAUGGGAAAAACGGCGAGAGUUCGUUCGUGAGAACAGACUGUGCUUCGGAUGCCUUCGAAAGGGCCACAGAUUCAGUAACUGCUUCAGGAAGCUCGUCUGUGGAACUUGUAAGCGGCUGCAUCCAACAGCGAUGCACAAGAACGAAAGUGUUGAAGGAACUGGUCAGAACCCUUCUGAUGGAAAUGGUGAGCAAAACACUUCUGUGAAGAAUGGACGAUUGGAUGCAUCGCCGACUGAAGUCUCUGCUGGUACGGCAAGCUGCAGGUCGUCGGCGAUGAUGGCUAUUCUGCCGGUGAAGAUGUGGAACGCUGACUGCUCUCGUUCAGUCGUCACGCAUGCGUUCUUGGAUUUGGGCUCAAGCGCAACGUUUUGCACGCCGAAUCUUCUGAAGGCGCUGGGCAUGGAAGGAGAAACUACGGAGCUCACAAUGACGACUGCAACAGCUGAGAACCAGCGGAUUUCCAGCACAUUGGUGAAAGGCCUGAAGAUAUCUGACAUGGCGGGGAAGAAAGUAAUGGAUUUACCGCCGUCGUACACGUUGCAGAGAAUUCCAGUCGAUCGCCAGGAUAUCGCAACAGCUACGGAUCUGGAGCGCUGGCCACAACUGCAAGAGGUUGUUCCCCCGGAAGUACAUGCGGAUAUUGAACUUUUGAUCGGAGCCAAUUGUCCUCAGGCCCUGAUACCUCUCGAAGUUCGCGCUGGUGGAGAGGGAUGCCCAUUUGCCAUUCGUACGUCUCUUGGAUGGGUGGUGUAUGGACCAAGAUCCCGCAGCCGGGUUUUCGAUGGAAGCGCGAGAGUAAAUCGUAUCGAGGUACUAAGCCCAACAGAUGAUGAAUUUGACCUUCACAGCAAAUUUGUCGCGCUCUACAACCAGGACUUCGAGCAUGAUCUUAGUUCCACAGACGUUGGCUUCUCCAUUGAAGAUCGAGCGUGGAUGAAGAUCGUGGAGGGCGGAGUCCGUCACCUGGAUGGUCGUUACCAGAUACCCCUGCCACUGAAAAGCGAGAUCAUCCUGCCGGACAACAAACAGCAAGCAGAGAGACGAGCAGAGCAGCUGAAAAGGAAAAUGCUCAAGAGCCAGAAGUAUCUCCAAGACUACAAAACAUUUGUCAAUGAGUUAAUCGAGAAAAACUACGCAGAACGUGUCAAGAACGAGCAGAUCGACAUGGCAGAGGGACGUACCUGGUAUAUACCGCAUCAUGGUGUAUAUCAUCCGAUGAAACCUGAAAAGAUUCGUGUCGUCUACGAUUGCUCUGCAACUUACCAGGGCAUGUCGCUCAACAGUCGGCUGCUGCAAGGACCAAAUCUGACGAGUUCUCUCUUGGGCGUGUUGCUGAGGUUUCGAGAGGGACCGGUAGCAGUCAUGGCUGAUAUUGAAAAAAUGUUCUAUCAGGUGAGGGUUCCGGAGGAUGACAGAAGUUUGCUCAGAUUUUUAUGGUGGCCGAAUGGUGACACAGAACGGGAACUGGAAGUGUAUCAGAUGAAUGUGCACCUCUUCGGUGCGAUCAGUUCUCCGUCUUGUGCAAACUUCGCGCUACGGAGGACAGCGCAGGACUUCGGAGAUAAGUUUGAUGCUGACGUCAUAGACAGUAUUCAACGCUCGUUCUAUGUUGAUGAUUUCAUGAAGACAGGAUCUACGGCUGAUGAGGUGUUGAGGAUUGCAAGAGGAGUCAGAGACUGCUGUGCGUUGGGAGGAUUCCGACUGACCAGCUUCGUCAGUAACUGCCCUGACGUCAUGUUCUGUUUCCCGGAAUCUGAGCGCGUGACACACAAGAAGUUUGAUCUGACCGGCCACGAUCUUUCUGCGCAGACGCUAAGAGCUUUGGGUGUUCAGUGGGACGUAUCUGAAGAUACUCUUAGCUUCCGUGUUGAUGUCAGGAGGGGUCCGACAACCAGGAGAGGCAUUCUUUCUACAGCAAGUGCCGUUUAUGAUCCGCUAGGGUUCGGAGCUCCUUUCGUCAUGUCAGCCAAAAUCCUGUUGCAAGAUCUCUGCAGGCUGAAGUUGGGAUGGGACGACCCGGUUCCAGAUGCUCACCUGAGAAGAUGGGAUCAGUGGUGCAAAGAACUGAGCCUUCUGCGGGAGUUCAGCGUGCCAAGAAGUGUGACUGCACCAGACGCGGUGGUGAAUUGCCAACUUCACAUGUUUGCUGAUGCAAGCGAAGCUGGCUACGGUGCAGUAGGCUACACCAGGGUGACUGACAGCACAGGGACAGUUCGCACUUCGCUUCUGAUGAGCAAGGCCAGAGUAGCGCCGCUGAAGACUUCUUCAAUCCCUCGACUAGAGCUGGCCGCUGCGACGCUAGCUGUGCAGUUGAGCACACAGAUACUUACCGAACUUGACCUGAAAGUUGACGAAGUGCAUUUUUGGACGGACAGUGUGUCCACGCUUCGCUACAUCCACAAUACCACUUCUCGUUUCCAGACAUUUGUGUCCAACAGGCUUUCCGUCAUCCAUGAUGGUUCUGAGCCCGGUCAGUGGAAGUACGUGCCGUCUGCACUGAACCCGGCGGAUGCUCUCUCCCGUGGACAGUCGGCACGCGAGUUUCUUCAAUCGGUAUGGGCUACUGGCCCAGCGUUCCUCGGCGCAGAAGCAGCUGAAUGGCCUGACCAGAAGCAUGUGAUCCAACGCCAUGAAGAUGUUGAAGAUCUUGAGGUAAAGAGAGGCUUGGGGACUCUCUCGGUAGCAGCUGAGUGUGACAGUACUUCGAAGUUGUUGAACAGCGUAUCUGACUGGCACAAGCUCAAGAGGCACGUGGCGUGGUGGCUUCGGCUGAAGUGCAUGCUGUGGAAGCGGUUGAUGAACAGAGGUGAUUGUGAUGCCGAGGUAGCGGGUCAGCUCUCGCGGGUCAGCUCUCGCUUGACCGUUCAAGAACUUGAUGAUGCAGAAGUGGCGAUUGUGCAGUACACUCAGAAGAAGGCCUUUCCAGAAGACUAGUUUGUGUUGAUUGAUAGCUGUAUUUCCAGAAGACUGAACUGGGGAUUGACUGCAAGCGGUUGGCGAUGAAGGCUCCAAUUGCGCUUAGCACGUUUGGUCUGUUGAACCUGGAAGGUUCAAGGGUGGGGGUGUAGGCGCGCCAUUUCCAUUUUGUCAUUUUAUGUUCCUUAGUCCACGUUUACCAUUCUGCUGAUUUCCUAUUUUCUUCCUUGGUUUCACAGCCUUGGCACAUUGCUCGCUCGGUCCCUCUGACCUGUCGAGGUCACCGGCCGACCGUAGCCUGGGGCAGGGCCCAGGAAUGUAGCUGCGCCGUCGCGACCGCAGGGUCAGAAAAGUAGUAACUGGAAACUGUGAUAUUUGACUCGUUAAUGUGUAUGUUAUGCCCAAUAAUGUGCUCAGGAUUGUAAAAUGUAUUGUUUGAUGCGAGUAGGGAUCUCCUGGACAUUUAAGUUGCGAAUAUGAUAGCUGACGCGGAUGAACAUUUCUGAAUAUGGGCGGUGCCCGGCGCCCCGGCGCUGGUCGGGGGCGCGGCGCGGGUCAGUUGAGCCCCGUUGAGGCUGGUGGUAUGUGGUGGUGUCUGCGCCAGAGCCGGUGAGUCGCACAGGAAAAAUGACUGUUAACUCGUAUUAUUUAUGGAAUAUGUAACCGUAAUUAGGGCGAAUAUUUACUGUGUAUGAAACCAAUAUUGAAUGUUAUAUGAAUUGCCUGCAGAUAUUUAUUACCGGUCAUUUAUAUGUGGAUAAAUAAGGUGAAGGCUGACACUCGUCUCGGAUUUAUAGCCAUUUACCAAGACCGUGAGGCUGGUCGUCUAAUGUGCCUCUGGAGACGUGUGCCUCUGGUUUCGUUAGCCGAUAAGCGACUCAGGGAGCACAUUUGUCGGUACGUAACUAAAUGUCGCGGUCGCACAAUCAUGUAAUCAAGUGCUUUCGAUAUAAUUAUACUGUUUCGUAUAUGCAUAUUCAAGUGCAUGAAUGGACGCGUAGCAAUGUACCUGGUUGCCUUUAUCAAGUUAUUUAUUUAUGCGUGUGUUAUGUUCCCCCUCGCCUGUCCCUUUUAUUUCCGUCACGUUUGUUUGCGCUCGUUUAUGUUUAUUUGUGCAAUGCUUAACUUAGGGCCGUUGUUUUACAGCAACGAUUGCGUGCGGAGGGCCACACGGUCCAAUACACCGAUCCGUGACGA